CGGAAAACGACAAAAAUUCUCCAGAGAAACAAACAUGGAGCACAAUGGAGGAGCUCCUCCUCGCCUGCGCCGUUCACCGUCACGGUACUGAUUCAUGGGAUUCCGUCGCCGCCGAAAUCCAGAAACAGAACUCCAUUUUCCGUACACUCACAGCCUUCGACUGUCGUCACAAGUACUGCGAUCUCAAGCGCCGAUUCUCUCGUGAACUCGUCUCUCCGGGAUCUACAGAGGGAGAAGAAACCGUCGCCGCCGAGAUCUCUUCCGUUCCAUGGCUUGAGGAGCUGAGAAAGCUCCGUGUCGACGAGCUCCGCCGCGAAGUCGAACGUUACGAUCUAUCCAUCUCGUCAUUGCAGUUGAAGGUGAAGAGAUUGGAAGAUGAGAGAGAGGAGAGCUUGAAGAUUGAAGAUUCAGAUCUAGAUAAAAUCGCGGAGACGAAAGAGAACCACCGUGAUUCGGGUAAUACCUCCGGUGCCGUCCCGGUCGAUGAGCCGGUUAAUUCUCCAGAUCCAAAGGACAAUAAUACCGGAACCGGAUCUGAUAACACGUUCAAAGAUGUUAAAAUCACUGAACCGGUGGACGAAGAACCGAACCGGAUAGACAACGAUGAGAAACCGGUGAGAGAGGAUUCGGGUAGGGGAAGCUGCGAGAGCGCGGCGAACUCGGACAGAGAAGACACAGUAAGAAAGGGGAAUGACUCGCCGGAGUUUGUUGAGUCAAUGGACGAGUCGAAGGGAGAGGAAGAAGCGAAAGAAACGAGUGACGUGCAGAGCUCGGCGAGCUUACCGAGGAAGGAGACGGUAGAACAGAACCAACCGGAUAACGAGGAUCAAUCCCUGACCGUCAAUAUGAACCCCGUUGAAUCUCAGCCGUUGAUUGAUUUCAUCGAGAUUCUUAAGUCUCACCCCAUUGGCUCUCACUUUUCGCGCCGGCUCGAGAGCCAGUUGCAGGAAACACCUGAGUACGAUAGGAUAAUAAGGCAGCACAUAGACUUUGAGAUGAUUCGAAGUCGUGUGGAAGAGGGUUACUACAAAAACUCCAGGAGCAAGUUCUUUCGGGAUUUACUGUUACUAAUCAACAAUGCAAGAGUGUUUUAUGGUGAGCCAUCUUCUGAAUUUAAUGCAGCAAAACAGCUUUACCAACUCAUCAAGAAACAGAUGACUCUCAAGAUUCAUAAACAAACCUUACCACCACCAAAAGAAGAAUCCUUGGUGACGUCUAAGGAGGAAGUCACAGUCCCUUCUCUUAAGCCAACAGCGCUUUCAGUGCCUAUGAUAGCUUGUCGGAAACGUAGUUCCUUGGCUGUUAGAACUUCAGCGUCAGUCACUGAACCGUCAAAGAAAAAGACUAAAGUAGCUUCCACAGUCGAUGAGAAGCCAGUUUCAGAGGAGGAGGAAGAUGAAACUUCUGAUAAAGAUGUGGAACCUAUUGUUUCUAAGAAGAUGACUAGAGCAAGAGCACCCUCAACAGCCAAAAAAGUAGGAAGCAGAAACGUUAAGACCAGUUUGAAUGCGGGUCUCCCUAGUAAAGGCCGGUCUUCAAACGAUAGCUCUGAGCCGAAGAAAAUUGUUCAAGACAAGAAGGGUAAACACACGAGUGGUGGCUCAAAAAAGCAAAGUGCUGCUAGUUUUCUUAAAAGAAUGAAAGGGGUUUCAUCAUCUGAAACUUUUGUAGAGACAGUGAAGGCUGAUUCCGCUAAUGGAAAAAGAGGAGCUGAACAGAGGAAAAGUAUUAGUAAGAAUGAAAAAGUGGAUGCAGCAAAACUGUCUGCAGGUCAGAAACGAUUAACUGGGAAGAAGCCAACAAUUGGAAAGGGUAGUCCUGCUCAAAAAACUACUGGUGUCGCUUCUAAAAGGUCUUCUCCUCUGAUAGCAAAACGAGACAGUGAAACAAGUGAAAAGGAAACAGGCUCUUCUACUCGGCCGAAGAAGCGUUCAAGGAGGUGAUGAUUUAUUGCGGUACUUAACUAUCUUCUAUAGGAUCAAGAAUUUUCUAGGAAGUUCACAAGGCAGUCAUUUAAAGGAGUGUUGGAAUUGUUUAUACACUUCUCUGAUUCCAGAUAGCAGCAAAAUAUGAGUUUAGAAGAUAGUAGAAAGAGCCAAAGAUGUCAAACAAGGUUAUAAGAGUGUUCCGGUCUGGAAUGUUGUCAUGCAUCUGUCAUCUCAGCAUCCUACUGCACAUGACCCUUUCCCUUAUCAACUUUUCUGAUGAUAGGAAUCCCAGUGCUCGUCUUGCCAACCUAAUAGAAGUUUUAUUGAGAAGUCGUGUCAGUAAAAGGGUUAAGCAUCACAAGAAAAAUUGUUGGAGCUGUUUGCAAGGUACCUCAUGAAGUUGCUUCUUCUUCCGAGCUGUACUGGUUUCGUGCAAGAGAGUUUCGCCUGGUUCAGGAAAGCAUUUCCAUUCUGGUAACUUGGGAUGUUUCUUCGGCCAUUCAAUAUCCUCUGCCGGAAUCUGGAAAGUUUGAGAUCAGGCGUUUCAACUUUUGAAAAAAAGAGGCAAGUAUAAAACUUGAAAAAGAGAUGGAACAAUCUGAUUUUACAUGUCUGAUAUCAACCCAAUUGCACGGGUCCUCAGUAUCCUUUUUGCUGAAAGCACUCGCCAGGUAGUGCGUUUCCUGUAGAUUGGAAACUAUACUUCUUAGAAGGGAUGAGACCUGACCUGAUGAACAACACACAAAAAAACAUGAAGAAACUUACUGUUUCCACGUCGUAAUCUUCGAUUUGGAAUCGAAUGUACUCGUGUUCGCCAGGAAUUCGUAUACCGAUCGAUUUUCCGAUAAGAGAAUGAGGAGAAACCUGCCCCCAGCUUGGGACAGGUGGACCGUCAGAAGUAGAACGCAGCUUUGCCUCUUCGUCUUGUAUCUUUGCUGGAGGUAUAACCUUUCCAUCUUGUAUCUUCGCAGGGGAUAAAACCCUAUCUCCCUAAGCAAUCAGAAAGGGGAAAGACAAGUGGAGUCAAAAGCCAGAUUGAAUUGAAUUGUCUGCUUUAGGAGUUAGGAAGAGAUGAUUUUAAAAACCUACAAUCUUGAGCGUAUUGUCUUUGUUCGGUUCCAUACGAAUGAUCAGAGGUUGGCCAUCUACGCCAGUAAUUUGCGGUUCUUCAGGGGCGGUAAGUUUCUGCAUUUCCCUCUCCUCAGACGAUAAUGAAACAUUCCUGAGAAACAUGGGGUACGACACAAACUUAAAGAAACAGGGGGAGAAGAUCACAUUGUUGCAGUAGUGAAAGCCAUGAUUAAGGUACCUCAGUUGUUCAACCAUUGGAUCAGUUUUGAUUGCAAACUCAAAAGCAUUAUGAGUUGUGAGGUCAAUCUUCAAUUCUUUCAUCAGGUCUCUGACGAUCAUAAUCCUAGGCUGAAGAACAGAAGACAUGAACACAACUUACAAGAAGCGAAAUUAAUGCAUAUAGAGAACAAGAAGGAUUUGACUACGUUGGAUAUUGCAAGAGAUUCUGCUCUGAAGGCAUGGAGAACAUAAUGGUAAGCAUUUCGCUGGAGUGUGAUGAGUUUCGUUUUCUUGUCCAUGGAGCCGAACAGGAUUUCAUCGUCAAAGCUAUAGCUCGGGAUAGUCUCUGUAAGACUUCUCUUCUUAAUCGGUAGAUCAGUUGAUUCUUCAGCAGCGGUUCAAGAAGAUCACAAGAAAAUUCACAAUCGAUCAGUCUAAUUGCAUCAAUGGGAGAGAAGAGAAAACAGAGGAGUCCGAAACUCUAGAACCCAUGAGAAAGAUACGAAGAGAGAGAGAGAGAGAUACUUACGAGAUGGAGAGCUUGGGGCUUGAUCUUUCUGGUCCGCCAUUGUUGAGAAGAGAGGAAUCGGAGAGAAGAGUUUUGUAACUUGUUGACGAGGUUUGUGCGCCUUUUGAAAAAAACCCUAGAAAUCGGAGAGAAGGAAGGAUCUUCAACAACGUUGCAUGAGAGAGAAGAAGUAACGAGAUUUUGGAUUCUCUUUUAUGUGUUUUAUAUGCUUUUAGAGUUUUUAUACUGUAACUAACUAUACUUCGUUGCUUGAUCACUUGAUUUAAUUGGGAUUAAGUAUUGACACGUCAUCAGUUGAAGUGUAAAUCUACGGUUAGUUUCAACA